AGCAAAAGACAAACAGAUAACGGUUAACAGCUAGCCGAGUGCUUCGUGUCAAGUCGUCGUCACGACGUUUAAACGUCGCGGGGGGGUCGCAAACGUCGCCAGCUUAUCACGGUGGCGACCACGUAAAGCUUCACCUCAACCUGUCGGCCGUCGCGCGCCGUUUCGAUGGCAACGGAAGACUUUUACGAGGUGGAGCGAAUCGUGGACAGACGCAAAAACAAGAAGGGGCGGACCGAGUACCUGGUGCGGUGGCGGGGGUAUGGCUGCGAAGGCGAUACAUGGGAGCCAGAGAGUAACCUCAGUAUGUGCAUGUCAUACGUGCACCACUUCAACCAUCACUACGCCACCCGCCACAGAGACGCCGCCCUCCUGCGCUCCACCCGGAGCUACCCGCGCAUACCCCCUGACGACUUCAGCCCAGAUUUGGUCUCGGACCCUAGGGCCGCUUUGGCACGCCCACUCCCUGGCGCCGGUUUCCAGGGUCCUUCACCCCCGAUGUCGGCACCCUCGACAGGUCCUGCCCGCCGCGGCCUGGAUUUGUCCAAAAGCGGGAUCAAGAUUCUGGUGCCCAGAAGCCCCAUGAACGGACCCCCGGAUGCUGAGGCGGCGCCCAGUGAGGCAGUGCCCAGUGAGGCUGCGCCAAGCGAGGCGGCGCCUAGCGAGGCAGCCCGCGGCACGGACUCUGGUGCUCGUGACGCCCACCAUGUGCCCCCCGAGGUGGCCCUGGAGCAGCCGGCCGGUGCGCUGCAGGUCCCCCGACUUCGUGCCCGCAUGGGGAUCCGGUCACAGAGUCGUGACAUCCCGCUACCAGUGCUAGUUGCCAAACGUACCCUCAACGGAGGCACAGGCACUCCGGAGGAAGCCGGCGGGACGUCGGCGAUCGGCGCGGCGACGGGCACCUCAGCCAAGCGGCGUCCGGAGGAGCGCGCUGCUUUUGACAAACGUUUGCGCUUUAGCGUGCGUCAGACGGAGAGCGCCUACCGCUAUCGGGACAUCCUGGUCAAGAAACAAGACGGCUUCACGCACAUUAUGUUGGCCACCAAGAGCUCGGAAAACAACGCGCUCAACCCAGAGGUGAUGAAGGAGAUCCAGAGUGCCAUGGCGACGGCGGCAUCUGAUGACAGCAAGCUAGUGCUGCUGGGCGCCGUGGGCAGCGUCUUCUGCCGCGGCUUGGACUUUGUGGACUUUGUCAAACGUCUCGCCGACGACAGGAAGAAAGAAAGCAUCAAGAUGGCCGAAAUCAUCAGGACCUUCGUCAACACGUUCAUCCAGUUCCGAAAACCCUUGGUUGCCGCCGUCAACGGACCGGCGCUGGGCCUGGGCGCCGCCAUCUUGCCGCUUUGCGACGUGGUCUGGGCCAACGAAAAGGCCUGGUUCCAGACGCCCUACACCGCGUACGGCCAGACGCCUGACGCCUGCGCGUCCUUCACCUUCCCGCGCAUCAUGGGUGCCCCCUCGGCCAACGAACUUCUCCUGAGCGGCAGGAAGUUGACGGCACAAGAGGCGUGUUCCAAAGGAUUGGUCUCGCAGGUUCUUUGGCCGGCAACCUUCACGCAGGAAGUCAUGCUACGCGUUAAAGAACUGGUCGCCGUGGACUCGCUCGUCCUGAGGGAGUCCAAAGCCUUGAUGAGGAACUCCAGCCGAAGUUAUUUGGAGCAAACCAACGAGCGCGAGUGCGAAGCUUUAAAAAGGAUUUGGGGCUCGUCGCAGGGAACCGACGCCAUCUUGCAGCACCUACAGAGCAGCAGAGAGCUCUACUAGAACUGCUCGCUGUGGACUGAUUUAAAUGCAAGCGUAAAGUAAGUUAUGAAAGGUUUAUUGAGGCAAGGAAACCAAACAGGAAGUCUGACUCCAUGCAUCUCGGUGGAUGCCUCGUGGUGUUUGCUCGGCAGCUAGUGAUGGUAAACGCCGGUUUGUACCUUUCCUACGAUGGCAAGAGGAGCCCUCUGUUGAUCAUGGCAUUUUUAUUCAGUGUCCCUAAACACUGACCCUGGGACUGCUCCAGACUGACCUAUUUUGUCACUUAAAAAAAAAUUUUUUUUGGGGAGUCGAGCAGAACAAUGAGUUGCUCGCCAGGGUGCUUGGUGGUGUCAAUCGUAACAAAAAAAAGUUUAUUUUGAAAAUCUGGUGCAUCCACUUGUGCCUGUCAGAAUGUCUCAGAAAAUAAUCAUGUGAAAAUCUAGACCUUCUCAAAAAUUAGCACAUCGUGAUAGUCAUUAUUUUUCAUAAUGUAAUGAUAAGAAUGAAACUUUCAUAUAUUUUAGCUUCAUUACACACAACUGAAGUAGUUCAAGCAGACCCGGCAGCAUGGGCAUUAGGGGGCCGGGCCCGCCCUGAGACUGCUGUGCCCGCCCUAGCUCGAUUAGAAUGUACUGUGUAAUUUAUAAUUUUUUUUUUUUUUAAUCUUCCACAAAAACACACACACAGAGGACGAACACUCUACUCCAGUGUUUUUCAACUGAUUGUGCCGCCGCCGUGAGAGCUCGUCAGGUGUGCCGCGAGAAAUUAUCCAAUGGUGCUUUUUUUUUUUUUUUUUUUUUAACAUCGUCGGGCAAAGGUGCAGUAAGAAGGCAGGAGUAGGCAAAAAGUUCUUGGUUUUGUGCAGAUGAGCGAGGCAUUGCUCGUGUUGCGUUCAAGAACUGCUCGGAUUUCUAGCCAUCAGCCACCUUGCUCUCCGCAACAAUGUGGACCCCAGCACGUCUACUGUUCAUCAUUUGACUCGUCAAGUGUCGAUAAAAGUGUCCUUUCCAUUUUAUCCAUAUGUGACGACCGUCAAUCCUCCCUUUGUGUAUUAUUCCAACACAUUAUCGAGGACAGCAAGGUGGGUGAUGGCUAGAAAUCCGAGCAGUUCUUGAACGUGACACAAGCAGCUAUCUAGUGCCGUGUAUAUACAAGCUUAAUCGUCAUCUCCAAAUGAACGCCUGUCGCUUCAGAACAAGUUGAUUGACUAUUUUGUUCGCUGUCGUGAAAACACAGAAAAAUGGGCAACUUUUUGAGAAAAACUGCAAAGGUAAACAAGAAAGCCCUGAAAGCCAGUUACUUUGUUGCUAAAAAAAAAACAAAAAAAAAACAGACUAAGAGCUGUUGUAGAAGAUUCCUGCCAUUUUUUUGGCUUUGUGUUCAUCUUAACAGGCUUUUCACACUAAGUAUAAAUACUGAGAAAUUAUUUUAUAAUUAAAUAUACUGUACAGAAAGUAAUGUAACGAAUCGGGUUAUAAUGUGGCGGCAUUGAGGAACAUAUGCAAACACCCCCGACACAUGAUAACCCGAUUCGUUACAGUAAUUUUGGAACAUUUUGGUGUGUUGUGCCGUGAGAUUUUUUCCAAUGUAAAAAUGUCCGGUGACUCAGAAAAAGUUGAAAAACACUGAUGUAUUCAUCCUAUCUUGAUCUGUUGUCAUUCAAUUCAACCAAUCUGAGCAGCGAAUGAAGGCAAUUUCUAGCCAAUCACAGAUAAGGGAGGCGGGCUGAGUAGCCGGCCAUUGGGUACUGCGAUUGGAUAGGGAUUGCUUCGGUUACAGAAAUGGCGGUUGAGCGGCUCCUCGGUUGCUAAUUCAAAUUGGAAUGGACAUCCGUGUUUUUUUCAAGAAACUAAAGACGAACUCAAGCCAUGACAAAGACGCGGCCGAAAGUCAACAUGAAGGGAUAGCGCUGCCACCUCCUGCAAUUUCACUGACUGACACCAUCAUCAGAAAAUAUAACGGGUAAAAACGCCACAAAUUUACAUUGAAGAAGUGCCCCCCCCAAUCGAAUGCCCCCCCCUGUAAUUUCUUUCUGCAGCCGGGUCUGAGUUCAAGCAUUUUAUUGUUCUAAUAUUUAUGAUUUUGGCAAAAAAGUAAGGGAAAAACAAAAAUAUCUUAAAAAAAAAAAAAAAAAAUUGCAUAUUUCAUCCAACCAAUAGUGUUUUCAAUACAGAGAACAUCAACCUUCAAAUAAUUGAGUUCAGUUAUACCUUCAAUACAGUACUUGGUUGGGAAUCCUUUAGCAGAAAUGAGUGCUUCAAUGCAGCGUGGCAUAGAGGCAAUCAGUCGAGAGUCGAGGCAUCGGCAUAGACUUCGCUUUCAUUUGACGGGAAACCGAGUGCGGGCUGCUCCGUAGGGGGCCUAUUUUGAAAAACUUAAAAUUCAAAUACCGUUAUUUUCAGACUAUAAGUUGCUACUUUUUCAUUCAUUUUGAAUCCUGCGGCUAAUAGUCCAGUGCGGCUUAUUUGUUGAUUUAUUUGGGUCAAUAGGUAACACUUUAUUUGACAGCGGCGUCAUAAGACCGUCAUAAUUAUGACAUGACACUAUCAUUGGCAUUACUGAAUGCUUAUGUGAUUGUCAUCCGGCAAAUUAUGUCACUAAUUCCAUUUAUGUCCAGCUUGGAUCUUUUACAUCCAUUCAAAAGUAAAAUAAUUUGCCAGAUAACACUAAAUGACAUCUGUUAUAAGCAUUCAUUAAUGCUCAGAACAGUGUCAUGUCAUAAUUAUAAUUGUGUAAUGACAGUCUUAUGGUGCCACUGUCAAAUAGUGUUACCAGAUACUAUAACUAGCAAUUAAUGAAACAAAUGGAACAGUAACUGAAAAAAAAUAAUUAGCACAGAACAUAAAUUCAGAUUUUUAUUUACACCUGUAGCGCUGCACUGCAUGCUAGGAGGCAUGUUGGAUGACAACAGUGUUGACAGCAGGUGGCAGCAGAGGUUGUCUCCCCCAAGGGAGCAAUGAUGGCUAAAUGAAGCUUCUUGAAACAAUGAGCUUUGAACCAAUUGGCUGCAAAGCUUCACUGUGCUUCUGAUGUGAAAAUUGAGUGAUUUAUUAGCUGUUGAAAACUUGUUUUAAAAUUGCAAUAAAAAUUAAAUCUAAAUUUUUAUUUCGGGCAAAAACAUAUAUGUUGACUAUUGCUAUUGAUCCCGAAAAUAUAGAUUAUCCCUGCAUUUGGUUAUUUUUGUGCAUCUAUCUUAAAUCUGAGAAUUUUAUAGUCAUUUUAAGUUUUGCUAUACUUAUGUAAAAACAAAUUAAUUGGGAUCUUAUUAGGGAACGACUUUGAAUUUUUCUGAUGCCGCUGCACAUGGAGACCAAUAUUAUUAUUUAUUUAUUUAUUGUCAACAUCAUCGGUAUCAUUGCAGUUACAAGAUGGCUUUGUGAUAUGAUUAACCCGAAAAAAGAAAAGACUGGGGCCGACGGGAGAAGCAUAUGCUUAUCAAGUCCCGUCCCCUUAGACCAAGGACGCAAAAUCAAUACAUGGUAGACUAGGCAUUAUACAUUGUGGUACAUGAACAGCUUUUUUUUUUUCUUUUGUUUUCACAUGAAUUUUCUUCCCAAAAGUCAUUGAUUUGACGUAACACUUAGGUAAAGUUGUCAAUCAAUUGUAAGUUCAUCGAUUAGGGUGAAUGUCAGAUUUGUGUAAGGAGGAAUAGCCGAGGGAGUCACGGAGGCCCACCUUCGCCGUAAUCCGCUCAGGUGGUUCAGUCUUCAUCCACCCUGGCCUGAUUCGCGCAAGAGGGCGAGAACCAGCAGUGUGCUGAAAAUGAAAACAUCUUCUACAUCCUCGAUCUGAAGCGCUGUCAAACAUAUGCGCCUCCGUAUAUCCAGACGUUAAGGUGUUGGCCGGACAUGGGCGUUGGCUCGAUGUAGGUCGCAUUGUUGAAAAAAUCCUGUCCAGUGAACUCGGCGACUCGAUUAGUAACUCCAUUGUACACAAUUGUUACAGUUCUAAUCGAAGGUGGACAGCAUUCACGUAUGUCAGCAGUUAAUGUUCAGUCUUUACGAUGGGGCUUAUUAUUAGAGCAUGUUAUGUUGUGACUACCUUAUCUUUGCCCCUGACAUUCCUUCAUUUAGUUGUUGUGGGAACAGUAUGUUGUGUCCGUGUGUGUGGCAGAGCACCUUAGUUUGACGCUCGAGCAGUUGAAUUGUAGUAUAGAAGGUCAAUCACGGUGGCGACUCAGAAUACUGUCCUUGUAUUUUCUUUUGAAGGCAGCUAGUGACCCUAUGUUGGUCAGUGCAGGGUCAAUGGCAUUCCAGAGGCGAGCGCCAAUGUUAGUAACCGAAAAUGAUUUUAAGGUAGUUCUAACUUGGCCAUGAGUAAACAACCUGUUCCCUCUCAAAUCAUAACUGGAUUCCCUCGCUUGGACGCGAAUUUGUAAGUUGGACGGAAAACAAUUUGAGUGGGUCCUUACAUCAUCUGAACAGUUUUGAAGUGUAUCAAAUCAUAAAAUUUUAAAUAUAUGCCUAAGGGAGGUGUCGGUUUUAGGUCGCUAGCGGCUUUGGUUUUGAAAAUAUUUGAAUUAAGUUUUUGAAAAUAGGCCCCUACGGAGCGGCCCUCGCCCGGUUUCCUGUCAACUGAUAGUGAACUCUAUGGUGCAUAACUUAACAUAAUUAUUUGAAGGUUGCUUUUUUUGUUUUAAAAACACUAUAUACAGUAUAUAUAUAUAUAUAUAUAUUAGGGCUGUCAAACGAUUAAAAUUUUUAAUCGAGUUAAUUACAGCUUAAAAAUUAAUCGUAAUUAAUCGCAAUUCAAACCAUUUAUAAAAUAUGCCAUAUUUUUCUGUAAAUUAUAUAUAUAUUCUGUAAAAUAAAUUGUUGGAAUGGAAAGAUAAGACACAAGAUGGAUAUAUACAUUGAACAUACGGUACAUAAGGACUAGUGGGCAUUUCACUCUACUGUCCUUUAAAUCUGUCUAUGCUGUCCUCACUCCGAAGUGUCUACUUUUUCCAAAGCUAGACAGCUAGUGAACGACGCCUUAAUAAUCAGACUUCUUCCUUUUUCAUCUGAUUUAUUAAUAAAAUGGCCUCAAACCAUUGUCCUCUUUAGACCGUCGUAAAACUACAAAAAAAAAGUACACAAGCAUUGCAUUAGCAACAACGUUAGCUUAGCACGCUAUACAAGUUCACUAAACAUAAACAAAAAGCGUCUCAUACAAAAAAUAUUACAUUUCGCUUGCUAACAUAAUAUGUACAUUCUAUACAACAACUAUACUUACGGACACAUCUUGUCCAAGGAUCAUAUAAGCACAACAUUACAACGUAGGCGUCAGCCCGAGACGUCGUGCAGCCAUAUUGAACUGGCAAGAAGACAAAAAACCAUGUCGCAAAGCGACCACAAGAGUUCGCUGUUAGACAGCACAAAAAGCCUUGCUGUAAAACUUACCAAAAGGCUGAAUACUGUCUGAGCGGGACAUGUGCGUUAAUUACGUCAAAUAUUUUAACGUGAUUAAUUUAAAAAAUUAAUUACCGCGCGUUAAUGCGAUACUUUUGACAGCCCUUAUAUAUAUAUAUAUAUAUAUAUAUUUAUAUAUAUAUACAUACAUACACACACACAGUAUAUAUAUUGAUCGGAUGACAUAAGCUAAUUUUUUGAGAUAGGGAUGUUUUUUAGUUUUUGCCAAAAUCAUUAGUAUUAAAACAAUAAAAGGCUUGAACUAUGUCAGUUGUGUGUAAUGAAUCUAAAAUAUAUGAAAGUUUGAUUACAUUAUGGAAAAUAAUUAACUCUGUCACAAUAAAAAAAAUGAGAAGGACUAGUAUAUAUUGGUCUACGGAUCCACGGAAAAGUUUGCAAUCGUAACACCUACGGAAUUGGUGACAUCAGUUUGUAUUUCUAAUGUUGAUUUUUUUUUAGCAUCGAAAUUCAGCCAUAAAAUUUUCAGUGGAUUAACUCAUGAGUUAACUCCUUGUCUGCCAUUAACAGUAAUAGAUGCCCAAUCCACUGGAACAGAGUUCCCGCAGAGCUUCUUGAACUGGGGGGGCCGGCAGUUAAUGAGUUAUGACACACGUGAGUUGUUUUUUUUUUAAUUCAGAAAUUUAAUGCAGAAAAAAUUAAAUGGUAAAAAUUCGAACCGCAAGUUUUUUCUUGGAUCUCUAGACCAAUUUUUUUGGGGUUGGUUUUUGAAAAACAAAAUAAAUUUAAACUCCGGUGGCAUAGAUUUACUUCCAUACACAACUACCAUUUGGGGAAUUUUAAGGCUUGCUAACAUCUUCAGGCUUCAGCACUUUUUAAAAUGCUAGUUUUAGCAAUAUCUGCUAAAACCACCCAAAGAAAUGACUACUGUUUUGGGGGAGAUUUUUCAAAUAAGUGCCAUUUGAUGUUGCAUAUUAAAACCUUUUGUUUUUUGUAGUGUGCAGCUCAAAGUACUGUAUAUGUAUCUACGGAGAAAAGUUGGAUGUGACCGUUCAUCUUUCAGUGCCACUGACUGCGCGGGACGAAUGCUCGAACAAGUUAAACAAGGCACUGUCACAAGUCUUUAUUUACCGAAAUAUAAAGGGUUGUAGAAGUCUGGCAACAAAAUAAGACAUUAUUUGAAAAAAAUACAACCAGAACUACUCCAGUUUUUCAAACUUGAAAAUGAAAUGAGACAUAACAAAUACCGUAAUGUUUUUUUUUUUUUAAUAUAUAUAUAUUUUGAUGCCACUAUGUUUCAAUUUUACAGCGGGUGGGCGUGGUCACGAGGCAGGCGUGGCCAGGUAAAGAGAGUAGGCGUGGUCAGGAAAAAGCAGAAGUGUGUAGAAGUGUCGCUGGCACGGGUCCAAACUGUCGGCAAAGCCGUAAACUGUGACUGCUGCCCAGGGUGGCGAGUGGGGCUCCUCAAAGAUGCGCCUGCGACAAACAACGAUGUGUUGGCCGAUGAGCAGCGAGGAUCGGUCUGAGCUUACCUGAGCUGUUGCACGAUCGUCUCCACGUUUUCGGGAAGCAGCAGACCGCGCGCAGACAGGAGAAGCGAGCUCGGCAUAGACGCACAUACCGGGUGAAGAUACGCCAACGUGGACAAGAAGUCGUCGCUGGCGUUGUUUCUAAGAAGGAUGAAGAAGACAAAAGUGAUAAAAGAAAUGACGCUACGUGGGCAGCGGUCAUGCCAUCUCACUGGCAUAUGUCUGCUUGGACGGCCCCGAGCCACUCCAGGAAGUCGAAGGGGUCGUGCGAGCGCAGGUCAGAGGUCAACAGGCUGGGGAGCGUCAGGUCAUUCAGAAGCCGACUGACGACAUCCGGCGUGUGCUGCGACCAAUCGUAUUGCAAAAGGAGUGACUGCAGUUGGUCGCUGUUACCUGCGUACAAAACAAACACGCCAAGUCUAAUUAUUUAGGUGCCACUGACUGCAAUAGAUGUCCAAUCUGUUUGAACCGAGUUAACUCAUUCACUGCAAGCCCUAGUUGAACUGUAAGGUUUGACACUAACUGAGUUAACGACUGCCACUGAUGGCGAGAAAACGUGAAGGCGUUCACUCAUUGGCUGCCCAAUGACGUUUAAUCCAUUCUAACCCAUGAAUUAACUCACUGCAAGCAUGGGCAGAUCUAGAAAAAUAUUGAUGUGGCGAGAAGGGGGGACUGAUCUUUUUGAGGGUGGCAAAUAUUUCACGGCAAUAUAAUUGAUUCUUUGGACCAGUAUAUUAUAGUAUAUUAUACUCAAUGAUUCAAGGGCCUUAAUUCGAUUUAAUACAUACCGUAUGGGCCCAAUUAUAAGACUGUGUUUUUUGCAUUGACAUGAGACUGAAAAAGUGGGGGUCGUCUUAUAUUCGCGGUCUAGACGUUAUACCCAUUCACGACGCUAGAUGGCGCCAGAUAUUGAAGCAAUGUUCUGUCAUGAGAGAUCUCAGCUACUCAAGUUUGCAUUAUUUUAUUGCAAUGUUUUUCCUUAUUCAGAUUUGUUUCAUGACUGCAGUUAUUGCAAUUUUGUUGUUUUAUCACAAUAGAUUGGUUUACAUUGCAAAAACCCGAAGCCAUUCAUUUACGAAUGUGAUUGCGCUUUAGUUUCCAUAUUUAAAUGUUCAGAUAUUAAGAUUUGAAUGAGGCAAAAUAACAUG